GUCUGGCCCUUCUGGUGAAUGCUCAGCUAGGCUCUGCCUACCAGCUGAUAUGCUACUUCACCAACUGGGCCCAGUACCGGCCAGGCCUGGGGCGCUUCAUGCCUGAUGACAUCGACCCCUGCCUCUGCACUCACCUGAUCUACGCCUUCGCCGGGAUGCGCAACAACGAGAUCACCACCAUCGAAUGGAAUGACGUGACCCUCUACCGGGCUUUCAAUGGCCUGAAAAACAAGAACAGCCAGCUGAAAACGCUCCUGGCCAUCGGCGGCUGGAACUUUGGAACUGCCCCUUUCACUGCCAUGGUGUCCACUCCUGAGAACCGCCAGACUUUCAUCGCCUCGGUCAUCAAAUUCCUGCGCCAGUAUGACUUUGACGGGCUGGACUUUGACUGGGAGUAUCCUGGCUCGCGGGGGAGCCCGCCUCAGGACAAGCACCUCUUCACUGUCCUGGUGCAGGAAAUGCGUGAAGCUUUUGAGCAGGAGGCCAAGCAGGUCAACAAGCCCAGGCUGAUGGUCACUGCCGCAGUCGCUGGUGGCAUCUCCAACAUCCAGGCUGGCUAUGAGAUCCCCCAGCUGUCCCAGUACCUGGACUACAUCCAUGUCAUGACCUAUGACCUCCAUGGUUCCUGGGAGGGCUACACUGGAGAGAACAGCCCCCUCUACAAAUACCCGACCGACACUGGCAGCAAUGCCUACCUCAAUGUGGAUUACAUCAUGAACUACUGGAAGGACAACGGGGCCCCUGCUGAGAAGCUCAUCGUUGGAUUCCCAACCUAUGGACACACCUACAUCCUGAGCAACCCCGCCAACCAUGGGAUCGGUGCUCCUAUUACUGGCCCUGGCCCUGCUGGGCCCUACACCAGGCAGUCUGGGUUCUGGGGUUACUAUGAGAUCUGUCCCUUCCUGAAGAAUGGCGCCACUGAAGUGUGGGAGGCUGCUCAGGAUGUCCCCUACGCUUACAAAGGCAAUGAGUGGCUUGGCUAUGACAACACCAAGAGCUUCAAAAUCAAGGCUGACUGGCUGAAGAAGAACAACUUUGGAGGCGCCAUGGUCUGGGCCAUCGAUCUGGAUGACUUCACGGGCACUUUCUGCAACCAGGGCAAAUUCCCCCUGACCACCACCCUGAAGGACGCCCUGGGCCUGCAGAGUGGAAGUUGCACCACCCCCUCUGAGCCCAUUACACCAACAACUCUUGCUCCCAGCACUGGGAGCGGGAGCGGGAGCGGAAGUGGAAGUGGGACCGGAAGUGGGGGCACUGGCUUCUGUGCUGACAAAGCCGAUGGCCUCUACCCUGUGGCAGACAACAGGAAUGCCUUCUGGCACUGCCUGAAUGGAAUCACAUACCAGCAGAACUGCCAGGCCGGGCUUGUCUUUGACCCUAGCUGUUCUUGCUGCAACUGGCCAUAAACCUGACCAGUCUCCAAUCCCUAGGGUUCUGAACAGUCUUCUUUCUUUAUCUUGCUUCUAACUGGAGUUCUGCAAUAAAAUCCAUCA